AGAUUUUUGAAACAUUACAGAGUUAUUUAAAUUUAACAUAGAAUAAGUAAAAUUUGUGUAAAUAAAAUAAUUGACAAAUGGACCGGGCAUCAGAAUAUGUACUUUGUCCAUAUAACAGUUUGCAUACUAUGCCAAAAAAUCGUUUGCAGCAACAUUUAAUUAAGUGCAAACGACAGCAUCCAAAUGUCGUGGUGCGUACGUGCAAAUUCAACUUAACACACGUAUUGAAGGAGUCUGACUAUCAGGAGCAUGUACUAAAUUGUCCUGAUCGAAAAAUAAUAGCGGAAUUUAUGUCAGCUGGAGGAGUUGAUCCUGUUGAGACAAUAAAACGCUCACCCACAGAAGAUGAUGGUGAUAAUUGGGAUGAUUGUGAUUAUGAGGAAUCUAAUGAAGUCAAUAAGUUUAAAAGUAAGCCAACGUUAUUAGUACGUGCACAAGGUUAUACAAAAUCAGAACGAAGAAAAUUUGUGGAUGAAGAGUUUAAAAAAAGAAAUGAAUCUAAACCACCUCCUCCGCCGACUUUUAAAAACUGUAAGAUCAAUUCAUCGAUCGAAUAUAUGCGUGAUAAUAUGGAUGAAUUAGAAGCUGCAAAUGUUCAAUUUGACGACGUCAAGCCAGUUGUAUCUAUCAAACGCAGCAGAUCGCGCUCGAGAUCACCCCUACGUUCCGAAACUUUACAUCGCGACGUCAAGCCAGUUGUAUCUAUCAAACGCAGCAGAUCGCGCUCGAGAUCACCCCUACGUUCCGAAACUUUACAUCGCUCCAAGGAUAUUAAGAGAGAGUUUUAAUUAACGUGUGCAAUUUUUAUUUUGUGCUGAAAUUGUGUUUUAGUAUAUAAAUCAGUUGUAUAAU